AUGAUUGACAUUCUCAAUCUCAACGAAGAGCCAAUCUUCGACGAGCGCAUCGUCAAGAUUGAGACUCACUCGUACAAUCCGUUUGCCAACACUACAUUCGGGCACAGUGAUGAGAUAAGAAUACCAAUACAACAACAGGAUCUCUAUACGUUGCCGCAUGAAAGUUUUCUGUACAUCGAGGGAAAACUAACUACUGCCAAUCAAAUCGAAGGAUCUGAUGUAGUACUGGGAAAUAAUUGUGUCGCGUUCAUGUUCGACGAGAUCCGAUAUGAACUCGAUGGUGUGGAGAUUGAUCGCGCCAGAAAUGUUGGAAUAACUAGCACGCUCAAGACCUAUGUCUCGUCAUCGUUCGAUAAAAUGAUGUCUCUGAAGAAUGCCGGCUGGGAUGUGGUGAACAAUGGAACUGGAGACUUUAAUUUUUGUGUGCCGCUCAGCAUGCUAUUGGGAUUCUGUGAAGAUUAUCAACGCGUGGUGAUUAACGCCCGUCACGAAUUGAUUUUAAUACGAUCGCGCAAUGAUAACAACUGUCUCGUUGGAAAUGCAGCGAUGGAGCCUAAACUUGAAAUAUUCAAGAUACAGUGGCGCAUGCCGCAUGUGUUGUUAAACGAG